CCGAGAUGCCUUGCGCGCGGAAGUGAACGUGAGGUCGGAGCGCGCUUCUGGGAUAUCGGGUCGGUGAUGGACACGGCAGGGUUACUGAAGGGGGCCACAGCCAUGGGAUCGCGAGCUCGGCGGAAACUUCUUACGGCGGAAGAAGCGGAACUAUUUGAACUUGCGCAGGCUGCGGGGAGCGGCGUUGAUCCGGAAGUGUUUAAGAUUUUGCUGGACCUUCUACGCAUGAAUGUGGCACCUUUGGCUGUCUUUCAGAUGUUGCGUUCCAUGUGUGCUGGGCAGAGAUUAAUUAGUACUGAGGCUCCUCCUGAUGCAGCACGAGAGCCCCCAAUUGUGUCUGCCAAGGCCAGUAAAAUCCCUGCACCACUCUCAUUUUCCUCUGUCCUUCGACCUACACGAAUAAGAGUCCCUAAGGCUGUGGUCUACAGUCCUGCUGCAGCUUGCUCGCCUCUCUCUCAAGGUCCCCCUGGCUCUUUCCAGUUUUCUUGCUGCCUGUUCUCUCCUUUUGCAGGGAGAGCCAGAACCAUUUCUACAGCAGCUGGGAAUCAACCUGUGUCAGAUCAUAGCAACCGAGAAGGAUCUGGUCAACGAGUACCAUGGCAGCCAAGUGCCAGCAGGCUGCCGAAGACUGGGUGUCCUGUGAAAAAUACAUAGAUACUUAAAAAAUGGCUAAAAAAUUAUUCUGACGUUUGAAAAUGUCAAACACUGCUCAUUCCAGGAAAGCCAAUGACUAGAAUGCUAUGUAAAGUUCUAACUAUUAAAUAACAUAAUGAACCUGUCCGAA